AUGGAAUAUCCUCCCCAAUACCAACAGGCCCAUGGGCAACACCCUCAUGCGUCCUCUCAUAUCCCGGGUCCCUACCAAACCGGUCCAGCAAACGCUGGUGCACCCGUUGGGUCGAUGGGAUCCCCCUCCAAUGCACAGGCACCCAUUCAACCUCAUUCCGCUCAUCAAACCUCACCCAUCGUCCCUUCGCAACCCCAUUAUCAGCAAGCACAGAAUGGACCCGGUGCCGUUCACCAACAAAUGAACUUCCCCCAAGGGUAUGGGGUGCCUGCACCAAUGGCCCAGGGCUAUGGUAUCUCACCAACGCAAGCAGCCGCGAUGGCAACAGCUGCUGCUUCUGGGCAAUUUUAUCCUCUUCACCAGGACUCCAUGGGUGGACAGAUGGCCCCUGGGGCCCGAGGUUCACCGCGCAUGGCCAAUAUGCAGAUGAAGCCGGAUCGCAAUCCUCGUUCAUCGCCGCAGAUGCAAAGUCAGAUGCCGCCAAUGGGUUCCCAGGUCCAGAUGCCCCCAAAUCAACAACUUGCCCAACGCCGCAUGAGCCAUGUCGGCGGUAGCCCGAAUGUCCAACAUGCACAGCCCGUGAUGAGCCAUGUCGGUCGCCCCUCCAUCGCAGCCCCGCUACCCCAGCCCUCCGUACAACAGAACCAGGCCUCGUCGGACAUGGUCCCCGGGAGCAACCAAGAAGAGUCGCCCCUGUACGUCAACGCCAAGCAGUUCCACCGAAUCCUGAAGCGUCGCGUAGCAAGGCAAAAGCUCGAAGAGCAGUUGCGCUUGACAUCAAAGGGUCGCAAGCCUUAUCUGCACGAGUCACGACACAACCAUGCUAUGCGGAGACCCCGUGGUCCAGGUGGACGAUUCUUGACAGCUGACGAGGUCGCCGCCAUGGAGACACGAGAAAAGGUCACUGGCAAGCCAGUCACAUUUGAGGAUCUCAGCAAGCCAUUGCCAACUGAGAACGGCGGCGGACAGAAGCGCAAGUCGAGUGAAGUGCACGACGAUGGCGUGAACUCUUCGAAGAAAUCGAAGCUGACUGCCAGUGCCGACGGAAGUGAUCAAGACUCCGCCGAGCCCUCAGACGAGGAUGGUUGA